AUGGAUGCACGGUUACGGUCUGUGGUACGAGCUCAACCUAGUCAGUCUCCAGUGGUAAGGAGCGGCCAAGGUCAUCUGCGCCAGCAACAGCAAGGACAUGAGAUGAGCAGUGAGGAGUGCAUGCAAGAGACCAUGGGAUUGGUGUGUGGCGUAUCGCUAGAUCAAGGUGCUCUCGUGCACCACCUACAAGAUGAGUAUGAUGACGGUGAUAAGGGUCUACGAGAAAGUCGUCGUAGAGCGGUUGCAGGGGAACCAAUCUUCACUGAUAGCUUGGAGGUGGUUGAGGACCCUGUAGAAGGGAGAUAUAUGGUAUCGCUACCCUGGAGGGGCCAGGAGAGGCCGAAACGUAACUUCGGCCAAGCCUGUGCUAGAGCGAAGGCAUUAGAGCGAAGUCUUAGCGAUGAUCAGAACAUUAAGGUGCAGGAGGAGCUCGACAGCAUGCUCCAAAAGGAUCAAGGCUAUUGA